CAAUCAAUUCUUCGUCCCCGAAUGCCAUUUCGCAUCCAACACCUGACAAGCACCCAAGCACUCAUCUUUUCUUCUGCAAGCAAGGUUUUGGGCAAAGAUUGUUUUGGUGCUUGCCGAAACAAAGAAUAAGCAUCAGCAUGAUUGCAGCAAUAGAAUGGGUUCCUGCCGGUGUGGCGAAGAAACAGCCGAUCAAAUACGAGCUGAACGACGCCGAGAAGGAGGCGUUGGAAACACUAAAAGCAGAACACGAGAAAGACGAGAAGAAGUCUGUUUCCCCACGCCAGACAAGUGGCAAGGAUGACCAUGGUCUUCCAGCCGACCUUCGAAUGGAUGAAUAUUCCGAUGACGAAGAUAAUGACGGCGAAAUUGGCAACAUCCUUCUAGCAUCCGAAGAAGACAAGAUGGAGGAGCAAGAAGUGGAAGAACAACGUGUUGUGGACGAUCAUGACGACCAAGAUGAUGAUAGUGACGAAGACGACAAUUUAGAAGAUGUGCCAGACACACGCGAAUAUGUCCCCGUUGAUGUUGGUGCUCUAGAAGCGAUGGGUCUGGGCGAUGGAGGUUUGCCCAUGCCACACGAUUAUCUGGAAGAUGACGAAAGCGAGGCACAAGAUGUCAUGAUAUCUCCAGAUGAUGCCCUCAUGGUUGUGGCAAAAACAGAAGACGAUUUCGCUUCCUUGGAGGUUCAUGUCUAUGACACCAAAAAUGGUAACUUGUACGUACAUCAUGACAUACCCUUGCCAUCCUUUCCUCUCUGUUUGGCGCAUGGACAAAAUGUGGGUGGGGCCUCGCCGUCCAGCCAAAAUUUCUGUGCUGUGGGGACCUUUGAUCCUGGUAUUGAAAUUUGGAAUCUCGACGUCAUCAAUGCCUUGGAGCCCACCUGUGUGUUGGGUGGCCAACAAAAUCCCACAGCAUCCAAAUCGGGACAAACGAAGCUUAAAAAAGAGAGUCAUACGGGGGCAGUCAUGGGCCUGUCUUGGAAUCAGGUGCAUCGACACGUCAUUGCCAGUGGAUCUGCCGAUCACACGGUCAAGAUUUGGGAUGUGACAAGCGACAAAAAUGCCAAUGCUGGAACUUUUACACAUCACCACGACAAGGUCCAGUCCGUUCAGUGGCACCCAAAAGAAGCAACAAUUCUCGCUACCGGCGCGUAUGACAGAACUGUCGCAUUGUUGGAUGCCAGAGAUUCUGCCAAGCAGAGCAUCAAAUCUGUCAGUAUCCCAGCGGAUUGCGAAUCGCUCAAUUGGGACCCGUUUCGUCCCGAGUGCUUGACGGCAGCUUGCGAAGACGGUACAGUCCUAACUUGGGAUGUUCGCAAAUUCGCCGAUAAAAAGCCACUGUGGUCCUUUGUGGCCAGUGAAUUUGGUAUCAGUGACAUUUCAUACAAUCGUCACGUGCCCGGUUUGAUGGCAGCCGCCUCCCCCGACAGGACGGUAUCCCUGUGGGAUGUUCACAACCAGAGCAGCACAUCACCAGAGUCAGGCAUUACUCCCCGAAACUGUGGGAGCAAGGAUAUGCACGCAGGAAAACUCUACACUGUGUCAUUCUACCCAUCAUCUCCUUGGCUUUUGAGCUGUGGAGGCAGUGAAAACCAGUUAGCUCUGUGGGACAUGUCCAGUGAAGAUGGGAUAUGGCAACAAUUUGCAAAUAGGGUGGAUCGAACACAGCCUCACUGGGCAGAUUUUACCUUGUCCACUGGCGAGGAGGGCAUAGAUGCUACCACCAGCGGUGACAGUGCAAAGCAACAAGAGCAGCCCAAGUCAAACAAAAGCAAGAAAAAGAAAGGAAAAGGAAAGAAGAAGAAAGUCCAUCGAAGGGGUGCUUAACUCUUAAAAGUAGUAGGCGCUCUUAUUAUCCUGUGU